UAACAUCCUCAUUCCUCCCAAUAGAAUCAAAUCAAUCCAGCACACAAGCAGCAGAGACAGCGGAGUUUGAAGGCGUUUUCGGAGGCCGUGUCUGUUCCUAACAGAGCAAACUAGGGUUUUAACAAUUAUGACUCGCUUGGAUAUACAGCAAGUUCUCAAUGAUAACAAAUCCAAAGACCCACUCACCAUCACUACUCUCAAGCUCAAUCAAAAGUCACUUUCUGAUAUAAAUGGUUUGUCCCAUUUCAAAAACUUGGAGAAGCUCGAUUUGACAUUCAACAAUCUCACAUCGCUUCAGGGGUUGGAGUCAUGCACCAAUUUGAAGUGGCUCUCAGUUGUACAAAACAAACUUGAUAGCUUAAAAGGAAUUGAAGGGCUUUCUAAACUUACUGUAUUAAAUGCGGGAAAGAAUAAGCUUCGGUCAAUGGACGAAAUUAGACCCCUUGUUGGCUUAUGUGCUUUGAUUUUGAAUGACAAUGAGAUUGCUUCUAUUUGCAAGCUUGAUCAGAUGAAGAACCUGAAUACUCUGGUUCUUUCUAGAAAUCCAAUCCGUAGUAUUGGAGAUUCUCUGUUGAAAGUGAAAUCAAUGAAAAAACUAUCCUUUUCUAACUGCAAACUUCAAUCUAUUGAUUCAUCCCUCAAGUCUUGUAUCGAACUGAAAGAGCUUCGACUUGCUCACAAUGAAAUCAGGAUGCUUCCCAAUGAUUUGGCUCAUAACAAGAAGUUGUUGAAUUUGGAUUUGGGAAAUAAUGUCAUCAUGAGAUGGUCAGAUUUAAAGGUAUUGAGUUCAUUAGGCUAUCUGAGAAAUCUUAAUCUUCAAGGGAAUCCUAUUGCUGAAAGUGCUAAGUUAGAUAAAAAGAUUCGUCGGCUGGUUCCAGGCUUGCGUGUAUUGAAUGCUAGACCAAUUGAUAAUGGGCGUGAUAAAGAAGACGACACUCCAACCAGGAACCUAGAGCGUCAAAAAGAGAAAAAGGAUAGAAAACUGAAUGGGAAUGUUGAAACACACUCGUCUGUUCAAGGCACUGAUGGCAAACUUGAUCAUACUAAUGAUUUUGAUGUGGAAAGGAAGUCGGAAUGCAAAAAACGCAAGAUGGACAAGGUCUCCAGGGAGGAGAAAGAAGUUCCAUCUCUUGACAAUAAGAUAAAUCACGGUACCAACGAUAUUGAUGAGGAUAAGAAGACUUCAAAGCAGAAAAGAGCAAAAAGCAAUAAGGAGCCAUCUUUGCCAGUACACAAGGAGACGCUUACCAAGAUUGAAAAGCAGAAGAAAGCCAAGAAGGAAGGGGAAAGGCAGGUUGAUGUUAUCGAUGACACUGAAGUGCCAUUCGAACAGCUUUUUGGAGACGAUCUUGUUGAAGACAUGGAUGCUGUUCUCAGAAAGGUUGGUGAGAAAGCAGUAGAGGAGAUGAAUUUAAAGCCUAAUUUGGUAUCAUUUUCAGCUAAUAGAAAGGAAUCUAAAAGUCAAGAUCUAGUUGGAAGAUUACAAAUAUCCCCAAUAGUUGAAAUUGGAAUGGGCGGACUAUCAACAUGGGAUGAUGAGUAAUUGCGAUGCAAAGACAUUCAGUUGCUUGGGAAAAUUUGGAUCAAUCAUGGCAGCACCGAGGUCAGACAGGCGUGGAAUGCAAAAGAAAAGAAUGGGUUUUAGAAACUCAUUUCAGUGGUUGGUCUGGCUAGGAGCUAUGAAGCAUAAGCUACGGUUGUUGGGAGACACUACUUUUGAUUUGGGGGAGUUCAUGAAAUGAUGGAGGAUGUUUACUUUUCUGACUUAAACAAGUGACAUACCAAAAGGACUUUGUAGCUUGUUGGUACGUGGGCAAGUUCUAAUUUGAAACUUACAUAUUUCUCCUUCAACAGCCUUAAAAAUGAUGAAUAAUUAAAACUGUUAAUGCCUAAAUUGAAACAGGGGUGUUUGGGGGUAUUGACCUUCAACACAUUUUUUUCCAAUUUUUAUAUUAUUUCUAUAA